AUGAUUGACUCAGUCAAAGUAAGAAGACAGUGCAGCUUCGAUUUUUACUCUCAUUAUGAGCACCUUUGUUCAGUUCAGGGCUGUGUCCCUCUACAGUCCGUAAAAGCUAGAAGGCUUCUUGGUGUUCUUGAUAUAAAUGCAGAUCGCAUCAAACCUCCUGAUUGGGUACCUCUCUUGGAUGCUAUCAGGCACAACAAAACUUUGACUUCUAUUGCCAUAAGAAGCUUUCAUCAUCAGGGACACAGAGACUCAGGUAGUGACCAGUUAAAUUGUUAACCAUAUGGCCGCUCUUUCUCUCAUAAAGUUGUGUUCUUGUGCUAAAUCCUACUCUGAUCAGCUCCAUUCAGCAUGGUCAGUGGUCAUGGAUGAUGAGAGUUAGAGUCAGAAAUACUGCAAGUUUCUCAUCCCUGCAGUUACCUUUUUUAAAAAAAAGAAAAAUUGGGAUUAUAAGAAUUGUGUAUUUUGGGUUGUCCCCCCUGCUUUCUCUCCAUUUUUUUCCAUUUAACGGUCCAUCCCCCCCCCAUUCAUACUCCUUAGUAUUUGUUUCUUCAGGUUCCAGUAGAAGAGGGAGAGUUAUGGAUGUGACUUGCAUUAUGUUUAAGUUGGCCAUGGUGUCAUUAAUACAAAGGAAUUUGCAUCUGCUUAUGUAGCUAAAAUGGGAUGGUAGGCAGAAUCAAUCAGUCAAUCAAUCAAUCAAUCAAUCAAUCAAUCAAUAAUGGCCUAUGUAAACGCUUAAGUGGUGUUUGUUCUGAUGAUUUUAUUAGCUUUUUUUGUUUUCUAGGUGUUGAAAAGCAGGGAACAUAUAUUGUAAGAAGGAGAAUUCCAGCAAUUCGAUCCAAAGACUUUACUGCUCAACUAUGUAAAGCUAUUAAAAGUUGUCUGAUGAGAUCAAGUGCUCUAGUAAAUUUGGAACUACAGGGACUGCUUUUGAGGGAAAAAGACUUAAUAUUACUGACAAAAGUAAGACUGCUCAAUUGCAAUAAAUGUUUUCAUGGAAAUACUUCUGUGCCCAUUUUAAAAUUACUAAUAUUCUUUAUUUUGAAGGGGUUGGCUAACACAUCAUCUCUAGAGAGACUGUCUUUAGCAGACUCACCAAUUGGUGAUGGAGGUUUGGAAAGUAAGUUCUGAAUUUUCUGAAGAAAACUGGACUUAAUAUGCGACAGUGUCAUUUGUAAAAAUACAUCUUGUUUUACACAUUCAUAAUACUGCUGUAGUUAGUACAUGUUAAUUUGAAAUGUCCUGUUUAACCUUGUUUUAUGUUCUUUGGUAUUUUAAAAACAUUUCCCACAUUUGAAAUAAAAUAAUGGCAUUCUGAUUACAUCUUGGCUUUCUUCUGUCGGAAGUUCAUAGAAUAAGUUAAUUUGAUGGUAUCUUGGAAAUCCGUGGCUACCUUGGUGGCCAUGAUCUAUCUAUUUUUCUGUAUGACAGCUUAGGUAGCUGCUUCAGGUGCACUGAGUUAUAAAGAGGAGCAACUGCACCUGAAAUACAAAGAAGAGUAUAGCCUUUCUCAGGUGUUCUCCCUUUGCAUGAGAGAGAGUGCAGGGUAGCCCUUGCUGCCCCUUUCCACUGUUGUGGCCCUGCUGCCCACCCAAACCCUUAGCCAUUCACACAUUGUGGGGAAAGGUCUGUAUGCACAUAGGCUACCUCUCACCUCUUAGGCUUGAAAAGAAACCUUUCUAUUGCCCUGAAAGUUUCUGUUGAGGCUAACUGCAUUGCUGUGGAAGGGGCACGGAUGCAAGGUUGUGGGCCAGGCAAGGAGGUCUCAACAUGCCAUAAAUGUUCAAAUUUGUAUUCUCUGGAAAUAUACCACUGAUACUAGGUAGUGUUGUUCAGCAGUGAGACUGACAAGAGCUUCAAUCAGAGGAGUGAAAAAUGACAUACUGCAUGAGGAACUGGUGACUUGUUGGCUUGUAUUACAUGACGUGCAAACACACACAAACAUAACUUGGAACUACAUUAACGAAAACACUUGUACAAUAGUGUUUUUCCAUAAUUUACUAUGUGAUAGGAAGUAUGAAUACACAAAUGACACUGAAAAUAAGGGAAGUACUUAGAUUUUUUCUUUCUUAUACAAAAGCUUUGGGAAAGUAGACUGCUUAGUACAGCAGUUGCCACUCUAGAGUUGCCAUCCUUGUUGCAAGCACAUGGCAGCACAACAUUGCUGAUCAAUGAAGUGAGAAUGUAUUGGUGAUUAAAAGGAGCUUGAAAAUGUACAAGAUAUCAACCUUCUAUACUUAAGUAGUGACAUCUCUCUUUAUUUCCAGUGAUUUGUCAGAGUGUGAAGAAUUCAGCUUGCAUCAAAACUAUAGAUUUUACAGGGUGCAGUUUGACAUGGCGAGGAACCCAACACAUGGCCAACAUUUUAAAGGUAAAACCACUUUUGAAAUUUGAUGUAAAUGUUGCUAUUCCUGUCUGUAAUUUAUAUGUGAACCAAAUGCUAACUAUACCUGCAUAUUACGCAGAAGAGCCUUGGCACUAUCUGCUGUCUCGUCUGCUAAGUCCAUGUAUCAACUCAUCUAUAAGAUGACUUUUUAAAGUUUGAAAUGUCCCGUUUAACCUAAUUUUAUGCUCUGUGGCAUGUUAAAAACAUUUUCCACAUGUGAAAGGCUUUUGUUUUUUAAUUGAAAUGUUGACUUCAAAUUAUGUCAGCUUUUAAAGGGCUGUUUGUGGAUGUGCAUAAUCCUCAGGAUUUUUACUUGGAAGUAAAUUCCACUCAGUUUUAAGGGAUUUACAGUGUCAUUCUAACCAUUCUAGCCAUGUCUACUGAAAGGUAAGUUGUAUUGAAUUCAGUGGGGCUUAGUGAGGUUUGGAGUGCAAGCCUUACUCCCUAGUUUAGGAUAUUUAGAAUUGCACCCUGAGUCUUCUGUAACGCAAAUCCAUGAUCUUUAAGCAUAUGUUUCUGUUUGUGAUGAAAAUUGCCUGCCCCUAAGGACUACUUCUGAAGCCCUAGUAUACUAACUUCUAACAUAGCAUCCAGUUUUCCUGAAGUUCACAGUAAGACAAGCCAUUCCGUUUUGACAGGCAUGCAGCAUUCUGUUUGCCUUCACAUAGUAAAGAAUGAGUUUGAAAUGUAACUUAUUCUCAAGUGUGUUUUAAUAUUACUUUAACUUUAGCUUUAGCUCUCAUGAUACCUUCAACAAUAUAAUGGUCAUUCAGUUUUUGUAUUCUAGCUGGCAUUUUCAGCAACUAUUUGCAUUUGCAUUUUGGUGCUUUUGUCUUUGAAAGCAUCAGGCACUGAAAAGACACAGCGAAGCUUGGGCUGAGAGCCUGCGCUAUAGGAGACCUGAUUUGGACUGCAUGGCUGGUUUAAGGCGCAUUACUCUCAACUGCAACUCACUUAUUGGUGACCGAGGUGCUGCCGUUUUAGCUGAAUGCCUUGGAGAAGACCUAUGGUUAAAAGGUAGGUGCUAAUUAUAGAUAUAGUUGUAAACAGCAUGCUUGUGUAGGAUACAACACCUUUACAUGGAGUAAAUUACUGCAUAUUUUACAAGGUCUGUUUCUUAAUAUGGGGAGAGGAAUGUCAAGUUCCCUGCCAUUUUCUGUGAACUAACUUGUAGCUCUAAUAUGGUCCUAUAAAUAAGGUUUAGAACCAUUCUUAAGUACAAAGAAUGGUUCUGUAAAGAAUUUCUGUUAAGUCUUCUGUUAAGCCGAAUGUAGGCUCUGCAUUUAAAUAAUUUGGCCCAACAUGAUUGCUUUCUUCUGUCCCUUUCUUAGCUUUCUACCCCUCCCUCAACUUUAUUUCCAUGAGCUUUAUCAGUUAGGGACUAGGUCUGGGGAGGGCCUUCAGCAGCAUGAGGAAUAAGGGCUGUUGCUCCACUAUCAGGAGCGCUAGCUCCUCAGAAGUAACACUGAAUAAUCUCAACUACCAUAUUUUUCUGUCUAUAAGACGCCCCCAUGUAUAAGACGCCCCCUAUUUUGGGGGACUCUGAUUUAAGAAAAUGGGGGGAGAUGUAUCCGUGUAUAAGACACCCCCUAAUUUUUGACAUUAUUUUUUAGGGAAAAAACCUAGUCUUAUACACGGAAAAAUCUGGUAAGUAGGCAUGACCAGAUGAAUCUUGCUAUGUGUGGACAGUAAUGCAAAUAACAGUGUAUGUACUUGAUUAUGUAUGAGACCAGUUAACAUGAAACUGACUGAGUGAUGGGCAAAUAAUUUAGUGGGCAAAGUGUGUGUAAAAUCACACAGAAUUUGUUGAAAUAACAUAAUACUUCUUUUUCUUCCAGAAUUUGGCAACUUCAGGUUGAAGUUAGAGCAGGGUCUGUCUAAACAUUCUGCUGUGUCUGUGUUUAGAUACUUCUAGAUCAUGCCAAUUAAUAAUAUUCUUCUUUAAUAUUCUAGCACUUGAUUUGCAGCAGUGCGGAAUUACCAAUGAGGGAGCUAGAUCACUUUUGGAUAUAUUUGAGACCAACAAAACAAUUGUGGUUCUAGACAUCAGGAAAAAUCCAUUAAUAGGUAUGUUUCUUUUGGUUGCACCAUCCAGGAGUAUAAAAAUGUAUAUUAGAAUUUGAAAAGUAUAAUGCACUUAAAAACAAUGUGACAUUAAUGUUCCCCACCGUCUUGAGAAUGAGGAUAUUCAGGGCACUCUUUAAAGAGAGAGCUGCUUCUUGUGGGGCAAAACCAGAUUUACAAAUGUGCAGGUAUUGUAGGAUUCUGUCUAGGAUUCUGCCUUUUGACAGGGUCAUAUUUUGAAUUGGACAAAUGCUAGAGAGCGCUCUCUGUUGCCUCCACUGAUGACUCCUUCCCUCAAAAUUGAGCCAUAAAGUACUCUUUAAUACCUUCUCUCUCCCCAACAUGAAUACUAAUAGGCAGGUGCUCAUGUUCUUUCCUUAUACAUCUCUGUUGCUGGCUGCCAUGUACUAGCGAAGAGACAUGUGUAAGGAAGUGACUAACUGAGGUGCAUUGGGAGAAAAUGGAAACCUUUUGGUUGUGUAGAAGGAAGUGACUAAAGUGCAUUGAUUGGUACCUGUGAUGGGUACAUACACACUCUAGGGCAGCAGUAUCCAAUGUGGUGACAUCCAGAUGUGCCAUCAGCCCCACUUGUCAUGUCAUGGUCAGACAAGAUAGGAAUUGUAGUCUAACAGCAUCUAGAAGUUACCACACUGGCUUCCCUGUUCUAGGGGCUGCAUGUCAAAACUGCAUCAGCCUAAAGCUCCCAGAUCUAACCAGUCUUCAGUGCAGUAAGCUUAAAAGGCUUCAGGCAUCUGCCUUCUAAGGGCCAAUACUCAUGAUCACCGAGCUUGUAAGAGUGAUUCAAACCUACUGUGUGGGUUGGUUAUAUACCCAUGGUUCACCAGCAGUAGAUUCUGCCAUGAAUAAGGCCUUUGAGGGCAGAAACUAGAAAGUGCUGGAAGACUCUGGAAAGUUCAUAUUGUUUUGACUAACUCAGAGUCAUGUGGAGCCAGGAGAGAUAAAUUCCUGGGCUCAGCGAGCUGCCGUAUCUCUUGGCUCUCUCUCUUUGCUCUCUUUUACUCUGCUUGUACAUUGCAUGGAACAGAAUUUUUGCCACAGUAAAGUUUUUCUUUUACUGUGGAUCUUUGAGUCUGCGUGGUUGUUUUUUAUUUACUGCAAGACGUUACUGUUCGACAGAUUCACCAUACGGAAGCACAUGCCUGUAUCUCUUGUGAUGUAAAAGAAAAAAAUAGCCAUUUAAUGGUCUCCCCCUCUUUCCACUUAAUAACCUUAGUGUCUUCAUAACUUAAUAACUCAAAACCUCGAAGCUCUGGUUAGACAAUCAUUGAGACAGUAAAUUCCUGGUCCCUCUUUCUGCACUAGCAUUUAGAUAACUCUGGGGAUAUAUUUAGGUCCUUUGACUUGGCUCUUUGAUAGAUAUGGGGCUGAGCCAUGGAGACUUUAUAUAUAGGUAGUUCUUUUAGCCACUCUAGUAGUAGAAAUGAGGGCAGAGGAGAGGCUGAAUGGAUUAUAGUGGGUGCUAAAAAAAUAGCAUAUAAUGAAAAUGUUUUUGUUAAUCUUUUUUUGUAGAUCAUGCUUUAAUGAAGACAAUAAUUGAAAAAGUUCUGAUGAAUGCAAAUGGAAGUAACAUGGAGGUAUAUUCUGUAACAGAGUUUGUUUGUAGUUACUAGUAUAAUGAAAUAAUCUACAAAAUACCAAAUAAUUGUGCCAGUCAUUUCUCUGCUCAUUACAUUUUGGACAAUGGAAGUCUUGGGGGAAAAAAACACUUUUGAGUUAUAAAAAGGCAGAGCAUGUUUUUAAAAUUCAGACUAGCAUUAGGUUGCUUCUUCAAUGUGCUCAGAGCAGGUUUUUAGUUUGGUCAGACAGGGAGACACUUCCUUUUAUCUCAAGCAAAUAAUUUUUCUCCUGUUCCUGAGAAUUUCCUAUUCGCGUUGCCUCGUGUUUUGCUUGAAUUCAUCCAGUUUGCAGACACUGCUUGAAGACUGGGACAAUACUGAUGACACCUGGUCCCAAAGCACUGAAUGACCUCACUCAGUGGUUUCAUAGAUACAUAGUAAAUAAUAUAUAAAACUCUGUCGAAAUGCAAACACCAAUUCCAAUGAAGAUAAGUGAUUGGAAGUGUUGAAUUAGACAAAACAGAAGAACUACUGGAGAAUCACCACCACCAGAUGUUCUAAACCGUGUAAAGAAUGGUGCAAUCUACACAGUCAAAAACUGCUGAGAGGCCCAGUAAGAUCAGUAGGGAGGUGAUGUCUUUGUUGACCUUCAGGAAAGGGAUCCCCUACCAGGGCUGCUGGUCUCUUGCUGAUACUGGACUGAAAAGGGUUGAGAGGUGUAUCAUUCAACAAUACCUUGAGGAAUUCUUCUUGCACAAAUACCAUAAUCAUUCCACCAAAGAGAAAGAUUUGGUGCUGGUUGAAAACUGGCUAAACUUCUUUAUUUGGUGUAGAUUUUUAAAAGAAUGAUUGGACCACUGCCAAUUUGAAAUUCUGGCCUUUAAAGGAAUAUUACCAGUCUUGUUCAGAAAUUUGCUAAGCUCUCCAUGAUAGAUCUGUGCUAGCCAAGGCAUGUGAUGUUGCUAUUUUAAUGUGGUGGUUUUCAAACUCCCAAGCACCCUGUCAACAUUCUUAAGAAUGAUCUUAUGUCAAUCCAAGCAACAGCAAUGGGUGGCUGUAGACUACAUAUAAACUACAGCAUCCAAGCCAGACUGAAUUUGAGUUAGUUUAUCAAUGAUGCAUCAGGCAAAACCAUCAGAGCAAGCAGUUUCUGGUGACUCAGUCUGGUGAACCUCCUGAAAAAGCUCAGCUGCAUGCAAUUCUUUUGAUGUUGUGGCAGAGAAGAAAGAUUUCUUUGCAGUUGCCAUCACUACCACCUCAUAGGCCUGGGAAUGGUGUGCUCAAUGAGCCCAGGAAGUAUGCAAUUUAAGUAAGGAUGUUCAUCUUGACGUAGUUACUACUAAAUCAAAUUAUACACUCUUUUUCUUUUCCUUCAGUAUAAGUGGCUUCCAUCUCCACCCUCAAAAGACCUUAAAAAUAAACCUAAAAAAAGAACAGUUGUCUUAGGAAAUGGCAGAAAAGGAAAAGCUACUAUUCGUAUUGGUAAGUAUAUUGCUUUGUGCAAGUUGAUAUAAAAUAAAAAUUAAUUGAUAUGUCAAUGAGUUGAUACAGCUUGUAUAUAUAGAUGGUCAUAUUUGUUUAGAAGCAAGACUAAAAAAAUGAAAUAGUAAAACAAAUGAUAAGAAAGAAACUUAAGAAACUGCCUAAUAAACUAAAAAAGAUAUUCCAACACAUUUUUAGUUACUAGUGAACAAAAAAUGCAGAACAAUCAGGAUCUUGGAAUAAGAGUACUUCCAGGAAUUUAAAUUGGGGUGUAUCUAGGUUACUAAACCAUGGUUAUCUCCUGGCUGAGCUAGUCAUACAUCAAUUUAUUCAAUUGAUUCCAGCCAGUUGGCAAGGCUGAAAAUUAUUUUGGCUUGAAGAAUGAAAGCUUCAAAAACAAACCAACAACCAGCAAACAAAAUCAUUGAUUCCAUUUUUCAUUUUUGAAGUGCUUCUCAUUUUCAAAGUAGAACUAUUUAAAACAUACUAGCCUAGCCAUUCCAAGUGCUUCUGCCUCUUGCUGCCAAACCACCCAACAUUUCUCUCUACCUUGAAGCUAGCCAGGGAAGGGGGGCUGGGAUCUUCCCCUUCUUUACAUACAAUCCUCUCAACCUCAGUGAAACUUCAAGAGACAAUUCCCCACUGCUUCCAAGCUAAAGCUUAAGGCAGUAGCUCAUUGUCACCAUUAACAAAGGGUCAUGGACCACUUGCUAAGGCAGGGGUAGUGAAUGGAAAUAUGGAUGGCUGCUAGUACACUUAACUAGGAUAGAUAGUAUACAGAGUUCUGAGACAUGCCCUAUGUUUAGGAUUAAAUGUAGUCAGAAAUUUCAGGCUUCAAUUUGCUGUGUUCAUACUUUACCAGUGUUCAUGUCCUUAGGUAUCUAUCCAUCAAUGCACACAACCCACAUCACUUCCUUAAUACAGCUUGCAUACUGCCUUCCAUUUUAAAUCCAUUCACAAUCCAGGCUUGAAAUAUGUGGAGGGAAAAUGAAUCACCUGAAGCCCAACAUUCUAAUUUUAAGUGAGGUCUGUGCUGACCUCAUGCAGUAAAUUUAAUGUCCUGAGUGAUGUUUCAUUAAACAAAAAGGUUUGUUUUAAGGCUUUUCUAGUAAUUGGAGUUUGUUAUAUAUGCUUCAAAUAUGAGCUUCCUAGUUGGCAUGGAAAAACAACUUCUGAGCAAGCCAGCCAAGGCAUUUUUAUGACUACUUAAAUUGAAAGGUAUCUAAAAUGUAUUAUCUUGAUUAAUUUAUGUAUCUGGCUAUUUCCCUACUUCUGCUUCAGUAAUCUGGAGACACAGAGGUAAGCAUGCAAGCUAAUAUCUAUGAACUUUCUGGACACCAAGGCUGCAGUUCUGUGUAGUUACCUGGGAAUGAACAUGCAUAGGAUUGUGCUACAAGAUUGCCAUUUGCCAUGGAUGGUAUCUCCACCAAGCGGGGCACUUUUCUUCCCCAUGGAAGAAAAUGGAUAUGAUUGGACUGUGCAAUGGAAUAUUAAGUACAUUUACUCAUGAGUCUUGUUCAACAUGGUGAGACUUAGCCUGAAUCUAGCAUCUGACUAUAAAAAGAAAAAUUAUGUUAAAACAAUGUUUAUAUAUAAAAUCUGGAAUUUCAUCAACAGCAUGCUCUAGUGACUGAAAUAUAAAUCACAACAAUGUAUAUAUUUUAAGCCUUGAAUCAUUUCCAUUUAUAUUGCUUUUCCUGCAAUGAUCUCAAGGCAGCACCCAUGAUUCUUCCUAUUUCUUACAACACUUACAACAGCCCUGUGAGACUGGUUAUUCUGAGAGAUGUUGGCCUUGAUGGGCUUGCUAUAUAGCUUGCUCUACCUAACCUAAGUUCCUCUGUCAUAACUUUUUAAUUUUUCUUUUAAUUUUUAAAACGGUACACUUUCACAGGUCUAAUGAGGACUAAUGUGCAACAAUACGGAAUCACAUAAGGAUUCCCCGUUGUUGCACAUUAGUCCUCAUUAGCCCUGUGAAAGCAAGUUACUAGUAAGUCCUAUAAAGUUUUAUGAACCUAUGUGGUGGUAGAAGAAUUAUUUGUUGACUUUUAAUCAGCAUUUUCCCAAGGACUUUCCAACUGUGGAAUAUAACCUGGGACUUAUGGAAUAAAAACAAUUUCUCAGUAAAAUCUUAGAUGAUUGAUGUUGGAUUGACAGCAGAAACCCAUUUCAUCUACUUCUUGUCUCCUAAUUUUUUAAAAUUCUGUAUCCCCCCCCCCCCGUGUUAUCUGGAUCAAUCGUUCUUCUUUCUCUUGCUUGCUAUGAUACAGGAUUUGCAUCAAAAAAGCCCUUAAGUCCUAGUAAGACAAUGCUGUGUGAUCAAGACAGCUAUGUUCCAAAGCCCUUGCCUCCAGGAGCACGUGGCUUCCUGCCUUGGCGUACUGCUGAACGUGCAAAACAGCACAGGUAAUAUUUAUUGAAGGCAGUGAAAAAAUGCCAUAUGCUUUGUGGAUUAAGGUAACGUGGAAGGGGCUAGUAUAUUCUUAGGUAGCCCUGGCAUAUAUAUUUCCACUGAGUUCAAAUUGUGUUAUAGAUAUGUAAACGUACAGUGCUAUAAAUAGUUUUAAAAGAAAUAAGUGACACCAGCAUCUGUGUUGUACUCAGUAGCUCAACAUCUGAAUGCCCUGCAGCUUAACAACUUCUUUAGGGACCCCUACAAGCACCACUCUCUUUUGAAAAGCUUGGCUUGUGUCUGGGAUAGAAAUCACUCUUGAUAUUGUAAUGACUACUUUGAUGACACAUGAAUCAACCUCGUGGCUAGUUGUUGUACAUGUAUGCCAUAUAGGGCUUGUGCCCAUGUAGAAACUGUAGGUGAAAAUCAAGUGAUGCUCCCAAUAUACCAUGUUCUUGUGAAGACAGCUAGUAUAUUUGUAUCAGUUCAAGAGAGAUUGGAGAAAGACGUGCAUAGUUUUUGCUGUGGUGGUUGAACUCAUCUAAAUAGGAAUUCUGAUUCUGCAAAUAAACAUGGAACGCAAGUGAAUUAGGGAGAGAGAUUCCACUGACCCCAUUCACAGUCUGCUAUGAAUUACUUACUGUCAGCAGCUUGCUGUUGUACAUUAACAGUAUUUUGGGUGGAGGGAAAGUGAAGGCUUUGGUUGGGAAUACUGAUAUGCGGACUUGAUCUCAGGCUGAAAUAAGCUUUGCUUAAAUCUGUGAAGUCAUGCUGCAAACAUCAGACUCCCCCUCCCCACUUCUUAAAACAUUUAAUUUGUGUUUAGGGCUGCAUCUAGGAAGAGUACUCAUGAAAUUCCAUUGCAAAUCCAGGUAACAUUAUAAUUUCUCCUCAUUUCUAGGAAACAAACAAGAGAGUAUUAUCACUGGCUUUGGGAAGGACAGCUUAUUUUUGACAAUGUCCGAUUGUAAAGAUUCUUCCUUAGGGAAGUUUAUGACUUAAAUUCAGUAACAAGUACAGUGUGACCUGGACUUGUAGAAGAGGCAAAAUAAAAGAUAUCUAUCAGAUUAUCACUAAUGUUAUAUAAUCCACUUGUAAAAUGAGAUCAUUAACAUAAUUAAAUCUAAUUGUAUACUGUGCCUACUGUAUGUGCAUGCAGGCUGGCAUUCCAGUGAAAGUAACUGUGGAAAGUGUGUCUUCAUCUGAAACGGAGACAGAUGGUGCUGCAGAGGAUGUUAUAUGUGAAACUGAUGCCACAAAGUCACCAGAAAUAAAGUUAAAACAGUACCAUCAGUUACAGGUACAGUUUCUGUCUUUUAGAUUUUAUGAAAGACAGAUGAAAUUCAGUGAUUAGCCUUUGUGCAUGGGACUAGGCACAUAGAAAUAGUCCGCAAAUGACCCCAUAUAACUUAAUUUUUCUAGAAGGCUGCUAGAUGUACAGGUCUUUAAAUUUUUAUAAAUACAGAAAUGAAUUGCAAAUAUAGGCUGUGAUCCAGAUGAAUGCAGGCAAGGAAACCAUAUGUGCAGUUGGUACCUCACUUUGCUUUGGGAGUUGUAGUAACAAAAGCAACUAGAUAAGCAACUUUGGGGGGGGGGAAACUUGUCUUAUUUACUAAGGGCAACAGUGGCAAAAAAUUAAUAGCACCUUGUCUGCCCAGAAUUAAGUUUUUUUGAGUUAGACAAUAUGUAAUUUAUAAUAUAUUUCUAUGAGAUCCAUGCCCCCACCUGUCUUACAUUUGUUUACAGAAACUUUAUUUAACCCUCCUGCCAAUACUAGUUAAUCCUACAAUCUUUCUCUUGACAAAGGCCACCCUAUAGAGCAGCCAAGGCAGUUUGUGUCUUCAAAGGAGACCUGAAACGGAAAUGGAUCUGCGUAUUUGUCCAAGAGUAACUAAGCACCCUUUUCAUUACCUUGCCCCGGAAAGGAAUAUUAACCACUUGCCCAUUGCAGUUAAUGUCAUACUUGUGCAAACUAGGAGCUGGUCAAAUUAUAUCAUCUUUUAAAGAAGCUGGAAUUGUGCCAUCCUGUGAUCUCCUAGACUCAGAUGAACAUCCCCUCCCUGCUACAUUUAUAAUAAGCCAGAAUUGAUCAGGUACCUUGGUCUACAUACUCAAGUAGCAAUAACAGUGCUCCAGGCAGCUCCACAAAUGAUAUGGCAUUAAUUGUGGCAACCAAGUCAUGAUAGAUGCCAUCUAUGUGAUCCUCAAAGUGCCUUGCAAAUGUGUCACAGCAUGCUACUGAGGGGUCUACUGUAUCUCCUGAAAGCCAGAUUUCAAAAGGCCCCUCCGCACCCAGAAAAGCUCUACUGGACACUCCAAGAUGGAUGCAGUGGUGGAGAAGAAGGACCCGUUUCCUCGCUUGCAUCAUGACAGAGGAGGCCUGAUGGGUUUGAUCAGACUCAGCAUGUUUUUCUCCACCUUCACUGCAGCCAUCUUCAUUAACCUCAGUUCAGGUGUAUAGCAAGGAGCCACACAGGCUCAGCUGGGUGGAAGAGGGUGCUUGGGAGUGAUUGUGUCACCUACCUGAGAGUAGAACUUCAGCAGGAGUGCCAACCAUACCAGCUGGAAAAUUCCCCAGAGCCCUCAGUAAUCAAUUAGUCUUGGACUAUUUCACUCCACAGACAGGUAAAGUCACUGAUAGCCUGAAGUUCAACCGAAGUGACCUGAUUGCAACAAGGGAAUUAAUAUCAAUUUCCUCACUUUUAGAACACUUAUCUUUCUGCCCUGUUGAGCAAACCAAAUCUCAAGAAUUCCAGGUUUCUGUGUUGAACCAAUGACAUGCCCAUGGUUGUCAUGACAGCUGUGAAGUCCUGACCUGCCUCACAAGGUAGCCCUGGCAUGAAUGGUGAGAUACACCAGAAGCCCUGGAAGUCUUCAACACUGAGAAUAGCUCAAUCAGCUCAGGUAGGGAGGCUGCUGAGCAGAAGGGAGUGGUAUACCAGUAGCACCCCCAAUAUGUAUUGAAUGCCCAAAAUGAGUUACAAACACCUCAAAUUGGUACGUAUUCAGAUCAGAGACGUAGAAAAGCAGUGGCUCCCCCAGCCAAUAUUGGUGCUGCACUAAAUAACCAGAUGGGGGCUUUCUAUAACUGUGUGCUGCAGAUUGAACCUGGGAACCUUUACAUGCUUUCUACCACUUACCGUAUUUUUCGCCCUAUAGGACCGCACUUUUCCCCCUCCAAAAAUGAAGGGGAAGUGUGUGUGCGUCCUAUGGGGCGAAUGCAGGCUUUCGCUGAAGCCUGGAGAAUGAGAGGGGUCGGUGCGCACCGACCCCUCUCGCUCUCCAGGCUUCAGGAAGCUCUGUGCAACCCUUGGGAGACCGGUGCGAAGAGCGUGCCCGGGCUUCGCGCAGCUCUCUGCAAGCCUGGGGAGACCGGCGCGACUUCCCGCCGGGCUCCCUAGGCUUGCGGAUAGCAGGCUGUUCUGGGGGCUGGGGUCGGGGGAAGCUCGGGCUUCCCCCGCGCCUGGGGGGGAAAAAAAUAAUUCCCCCCCUUUAUUCCCCCCCCCCAAAAAAAAACUAGGUGCGCCCUAUGGGGCGAAAAAUACGGUAACUAUGGCCUCUCCUUCUGAGAGAUUCUGUGUAGGACAUGGUGUGUUUCAUUCCUUGCUCUGCCUCUGACGCAAAGACUGCAUCCUAGAAUUCUGACAAUGUUAUCUAGUAUAGUAGUCUAAGGAUAAAAUAUUCCCAUAGAUUCAUUGGUGAGUACUGUGUGUGUUGGGGGAGAGAAGUUAGACCUUUAACUGCUUGUGUUUACAGCUGUUUGUUAUAGUUUCUUUCCAAAGUGAUGUGUUAGGAACCUUUUUCUCUUCCAACUGAAAUGUUGUUUCAAACAAGAGCCACUGGAGCGAGCCAAAAUUUCUUGAAGGAUUUACUAUAGGAAACUACAAGAUUGUAAUUAAAAGUUAACUACUGUAGUUAAAAGCUUAAUGAUGCUUAGUUUAAGUUUAUUUACAUCCAUAUAAUAAUUAUUUUGAUCAGAGUGAGGGUAAUGCAACUGAUCUGCUUGAUCCAUGUAUCUAAACUUUACCUAUGUAUGGGAUGUAUACAGACACAGCAGUAACAUAUUUUAAUAUGGUUUUGUCUUUUGAGGUUAAAACCCCUGAUUUUGAGAGCAGAGGUAACCCAGAAAAUUUUGGAAAUUCCAAAAUUCUAAAGCAUAAAUCCCAAAGAAUCUAAUUUUCAGCUAUAGUACCCUUAAGAAACCAUGAUCUUCCUUCUGACAGAUGGAUUAUGAAAAAUGUCAAUUAAGAUUAAAAGAAGAACGAAGAGAGAGGGCAACUGCUGAAGAACGGAUAAUGGAGGUAGCACUCAUUUUCUUUCUUAGCGCUUUUUUAAAAAGAGACACUAACUUGUCCUGCUUUAAAUAGUGUUUUAGCCUUUUUUCUCACAUAAGUAGAAAAUUGAAUUUUCCAGGAUUUUAGGUUUUAGAGGCUUUUCAAACUGAGUUCAAUAGAGCAUACACAAUUUGUCAGCUUUAAAGCCAUAAGGACAUCAACACUCAGUGUGAUAUAAUUUCUUUUCUGUUCAGGGCUUUUAAACUCUUAUCUGAUAAUAUAGCUUUUGUUUAAAUGAGUGUAUAUAAUAUUGUUGGAGUGGUGGUUAUGGGAAAAUAACAGCAACCUAUUCUGCACUAAGGGCCACACACGAAAUAUGGAAGCAGCAGGUGUGUUUCCCCAAGUUGCCGGGUAUUUAAUUUAGUAUUAAUUAAAUUAUGUUUCAUGAUUUCUUCUAGCUGGAACUAGAAAACACCCGCUUACGGAAUCUAAACUGUUCUUUGUCAGAGGUCCUCCAUGCACAGUCAGUAGCCAGCACAAUUCUUGAAGAUGAAGGAGUUUUGGGCAGCAUUGAGAGUUCUUUCCAAAAGUUUCAUGCUUUUUUAGAUCUUCUAAAAGACGCAGGGUAAGAGUGUGUUCUUUUGAGUUACCCUUGGAAUUAUCCAUUCUAAUAGUUUGUUAUAGUUCAAAACCAUCAAUGGUUCAUCUUCUGAGAUCCUCACUGCUCAAAAGUUUGCCUAAUCCUGGGGUCGCCAACCCAGUAUCAGCAGGCACCGUGGCACUUGUGAAGGCCUUUCUGUCCUUCAGGUCACCUGACCUAUAUUAAUUUUAUUGAAGAUGAGGCCCAUGACCUUCUAUAUAGAACACUUCCUAGAGUUAGAAGGCCCCACCCCCUUCUACUCCAGUUUGGUUACAAAGGGGGGGGGCAUUCUCUUUGAAGGGAAUCCUGAACAUGCCAUGGGGAAAACUGGAAUGUUACUGGCUUAUGCAUUGUGAGAUAAAGAUGACAUGGAAAGGAAAAGUAGGGUGGUGGCCAUUACUUUGAAUGCCCAGAAGGGCAUUUCAUUUCAGCAUGAAGUGAGGAGGGAAAAGCUACAAAGAUGGUUUCUCUAGAUGCUUCCUAGCUUGCAUGUGGACCUGUGAAUUGUGAAGGCAGCAACAGGGUUUUCCGUGUCCUGGAGGGCAUUUUCUUUCAGUGUGAGUUGGAUGGCAAAGAGAAUCAAUGAGGAUGAUGUCCCUGAUUGCUUCAUGGUCAGUCUGACCACCCCCCUGGGUGGGCCUUUACAAGGCAUUUGGGUAUAGAGGGGGAGAUCUGUGUGGUCAGUGUGUUUGUGUAAAGAGAGUCUCUCCCCCACCCUUUUAAAGAGCUUGGUGUGUGGAAGAAUAAAGGAGCAUGAAAGGUCAGGUGCUAAGUCUUUUGCAAACUACACUGUUAUGAACAGAAAACCAUUCAACCUCUUCUCUUUGCUUAAAUGCCCAAGAAAGGAUGUCCCCUCUUCCUUUAACUUUUCAGUGCUGAAGAAAGGGCAGAGGAACUGACUUCAUUUAGCUGCCUUUCUUUGCUAUGCACAUGUACAGCUUCUUUUCUUCCUCCUGACUUUAUUUUCCUCCCCUCCCCAUUUCUUUUUAAUGGAACUACUGCUAGUGUGGCAUACCACAAAAUUAUGUGUAAAUUCAUUGCUGUCCUUCUCACUCCCACCAGACCGCGGGAGGUCAACUACAUUAUGCUGGUCCUGAUUCUACACAAUUCUGGUCCUGAUCACACAAUACUGAUUUUCUCUGCAUGCAUGUCUGUGUGUGUGUGUACACACCCACAGAUGCUCCAACAAAGAGCAUUCCCCUGUACUAGGAAAAAAAAUAUGACGUUGCCACUCCACACAUGCUCUCUCUCACACAUUGCUUCCCCCCUCCCUGAUUGAGCCUGCCCUCCCUGGCAGUCAGCCAGCUAGUUGAUGCUGCACGUGGUGAAAAGGAGCAACCUCUAAGCUAGCAACAACAGCAGUUCUUGGACUGUGUGUGGAGUGGCCACAUCGUAUAUUUUUCCUACUACGGGGGAAUGCCACCCAACAGCAGCCAUUUUAUGUGUCACCCAUGACACUCUCUCCAAAUUCCCAUUGCCCCCCAACGCCUGACCUAAUCAUUGUUGGAGAGCAAAAGUGUAUAAAAAUGAUCUAAAAAUAGUUUCUUCUCUGUACUUAUGCUGUGAGCAGCUGUAUUAGCGUAUGAUUUUACUAACAAUUAUAAUGUUUUAUUUUAGAUUUUUGUAAACUGCUUAAAUGUUUUCUUACCAUCAAAUGGUAUAAAAAUUUUAAUACGUAUUUUAUCAUGCAGACUUGGACAGCUUGCAGCAAUGGCUGGUAUAGAUCAAUCGGAUUUUGGCUUAUUUGCCCAUCCUCAAAUGACUUCUACUGUAGCUAAACCAGCAGUAACAGAAAGGGAGAAGUCAUUUGAAGAAGAAAGACAAGAACACAUGGAGAAUUUCAAAGUAAGUAUGGUGACAAGUGAAGAAUACUGCCUGCUCAAAAUUCAUCUGGUGUGUUGUUGUUCAAUUCCUCCCCCUUUUGCUUUACCUACAAUUUUGUUUUCAUGACUUCUCUCUUCUUAUGCUCUUGUGUGUCUUCACUUCCAGGAAACUGUGGUUCAAGCACUGUUUUACUCUCCAUUCAGAUUCUUGGUAUAGCUGCCUUUUUAUUGGAGAUACCCAAAUGAAACCCUUGGUUGUAAGGCUUACAAAUUGAAGUCCAAGGGUUUUAGACAGCAUUUUUAGAAAAGAAAUCACCUCCCUGUGCAAAUGAAAUAUAAGCUGUUACCAAAUUCAGUUAAGAGUGCAAUUUAUGGUUCCUUAGAAGUGUCCCAGAAGCCAUAAGAUACUUCAGAGUUCUUAAUUGGUGGAGAGUAAGUCUGUCCCUACAGGCCUCUUGGUUGUGGCUGCAGGCAGCUCUGUAGGGCUGACCUCUCCAGCACUGCUGCUCCAACAUUUGUAUGGAGAAAAAAAUUGUAUGGAGAAAAAAGGGGAGUGAAAGGCGGGAUAUCAAGUCCAAACUCCUCCUCCUCUUCUUUAUGCAUGGGGCAGACUGAGUGAGGCUUUGGAUUGCUCUCUUAAUGGUGAAAAUUCAAGUUUCCUAGGAUUGUGCCUAAAAAGCCAAGUGAACUAACUAUUAAGACAUCAGAGUGUUUCUUAAUGAUACUUGAUGAUUGGUAUGUGGAGAGAUUUCUAUAGCUGAGGGAGUAGCCAGGGAGAUUCUCUAUAUUGAUUUCUUUACCCUGGCCUUUGAGAAGUAUUUUGAGGACCCACUCAAUUCUUGUGUCUGUAAUUUGUUUUAAGCUGUUCUCAAUAUUGAAUAUUGAAUUGCUGUAUCUUGGUUCCUAUGAUGAACAGUGGGUAUGAAAUAAUAAUAUGAAUACAUGUCCUCCUCAUCAUCCUGGCAAUACCUGGAUUAUGGUGGUAAGAAGAAGAUCCUCUCAGUCAGUCUUAAAUUAUUUGGCCAGACAUACCAAACAGUCAAGGAUCAUUCUUUUAUGCAUAAUGCUCAAGGUUGUGUUUUUUUUUUUAAUAAUUUUUAUUAAAGGUUUUCUUGGUUUCCAUGUAUUGUCUUUUCCGGAUUGUGAUGUCUUUUCUACAAAUCAGUUACGUUUGAUAUGAGACAUUAGUGUUGUAUACAGUAUAAGGUUGGGGAAGAAGGGGGUGAUGGGGUGGUGAAUCUUAUGUUCUUUUAUAUAGUGUGCAUGUGGGUUUUUUGUCAGCAUUUAACUGGGUAGGUUCUCUAUCUAUUUGCUUAUUACAUUUCCUUGGUGUUGAGAGGGAUUGCGGGGCAAAACGUGGUUGCUUGUCUGUGUUUGGCUGCAGUGAGGUUUGUUUGCAUUUGUGAGGGGGGAGGGAUUGUUUGGUCAAGUAAGCCAUAUUGAUUCGUAUGCUGUUGGUGGAUUCUUCUUGUUGCCUUGUUGCAUACUGCUCAAGUGUUGAACAUUAUGGAGCAAUCAUCUUUGUGACUGAUGACAGCAUAUGCUGUCAAAAUGCUUACAGAUGGGAAUAGACCAUAAAAAGACAUAUUAGAAUGUAUUGCUAAUAUGAUAAUGAGUUUGGUGAGACUUGCUUAUUUCACACUUUCCAGCUAUCUCCCUUCUUCCGAGUGCAGAGAAAGUGGUAGCCAACUCUGAGCACAUUGAUGAUGUUUUAUAUUGGGGUAGGAGAGAAGCAAUUCUCCCUCUGACUGUAAAGAUAGCAGUCUAGUUAGAAAAUUGCUGCAGAUAUUCAGCUGAUGUUCAUUUUGAUUUUCUUUUCUUUCCCUCCCUAGAAUGCUGGUUCAGCUGUUAUUCCUGAUCCCAUCUCCUUCCAGACUGAUUUAGCUCCAUUUCAAAUUGCAAAUAAUGUCCUAGCUGCUACAACAGAAGGACAAGAACUUCAGGGCAUUGGGCAGCCCAAGAAAAGUUUAUGGCAAGACUUUGAAGGCGAAGUUGAAAGUUGGAGAAUGGAAGAAAAUGCAUCAAAAACCAGCCAGGCAGCAUCUUCUGAGAAGAGCAGCCAACCUGUGGAACUGGAAGCAAGAGGGUCCUCAGCAAGGCAACGAGUUGCUAGUUGGCAUUCAGUCUCUGAUCCCAGUGUAAAUGUGUAUAGUAGCAAAUUCAGCAAUCUUUCUAGUGAAAAUGGUAAAGUUUCCUCAAAAAGACUUCCCUAUACUGCAAGCUUUGUUGCUGGAGAUCAAAGUGUACAUCAAACAGAUCUUUCUAGAAAUGACACAGUAGGUUCUGAUUCUGAAAUACAAGAAAGCAUCCAUUCUAUGGGAGGUAUUUAA